AUGCCUGAGGUCAAGCGCAACAUCCGCAUUGUGACGGAACAACAUAUCAUCGACAAGCCGUCCGACGUUGAGGGGUUCCCGCAGCGCGCCUGGUCAAUUGAGAUCUUUCUAGUCAAUGACAAAGGCGAGCAGGUGCCUGCCUCCAUCUUCGACAAGGUUAUCUAUCGGCUACACCCGAGUUUCGGCGAUCGUGCAAACCAGAGUCAGUUGCAUUCCCUCCUCGGUCUGAGUUCGAAGAGCUUUCAAAAAACCCCCUUCCGUAUUCAAGAGGAAGGAUGGGGUGAGUUUGAUAUGACGAUCGACUUGGUUGCCGAUAAGACUCACACGAUCCGCCACGACUUGAACUUUGCUCAAGAGCGGUACGAGGCCAAACACACGAUUGCUAAUAAGGGAAAAUACUAUCAGACCUUCCGUAACCCCAAGCCUGCUUUCUUGGCCUUGCUGCGCGAGUCCGGCCCAGUUCCGGGAGAUGAGAACGGGGUUAAGGGCAAGCGAGGCGCCACUGGUGAAGAUAGCGUCAAGAAGAAGAAGCGGACCGAGAAGAAUGUCGAUAUGGACAAGCUUGCCGAUGGGUUGCAAAAACUGAAUGAGGAUGAUCUCCUGCAAGUGGUACAGAUGGUACAUGACAACAAGUCAGCAGACUCAUAUACCAAGAAUGACGCCGAACUGGGCGAAUUCCACGUAGACCUCUACACACUCCCAGAUGCAUUGAUCAAGAUGCUCUGGGAGUUCACAGCUGAACGGGGCGCUCUCUGA